AGCACUUUUGGCUCAGCUGUGUUGAUUGUCCAAACCGACCGAGAAAUUAGCCAAGUGUGAUCGUGCAAGAAGUUUGUAAAAUUGUGAUUAUCUGUUUCAGUUUUAAUUGUCAACGUUAGAUGAUCCACCAUUGCCAAUAUUUAAAGUGAAUACAAGUUACUGACAUUUUAACAAACGUGUCUCCGCCGGGUACGUCUGUUGUUCUCUGUCUCGGCCGACGAGAACAAGCUGUCCUUGUUUGAUUUAACCAUGGACGCGGUCAUACAAUUCACUAGCAAAAGCCAAGGAAGGGACCGAAUAUUCAGGGCAACCCAAUAUGCAUGUGCACUGUCGAUAUAUUUACUCCGAAACAACCCAGAAAGAAAGGACCUUGUGGCAAAACUCAAAAGUCUGGAAACCAACAUGAGCGCUGGACGAAAAUUGUUCAGGCUGGGAAACACAAUCAAUUCCCUUGAAGCUGCUAGGCGAACCAUGAAACUCUCUGACCGAGUGCUGUCCAUGUGCCUUUCUGCAGCCAACAUCAACCGCGCCCUCUACUUUAUCUGUGACAAUGUACUUUGGGCCAGGAGUGUCGGGCUUAUCCGUGAUAUCGACAAGGAGCGCUGGAGCCUUAAUUCCUCUCGCUGCUACUUCCUCUCGCUAGUUAUGAGUCUGACCAGAGAUUUUUACGUAGUAGUCCAGUUAAUGGCACAGAGAGCAAGAGAUGAACACUUUAGGGAGAAAAUGGAGGUGCAUCUCGAUGAGAGUCCUGAUGUAGCGGAAGCUGUCGUUCCUCAGCUGGAUGCGUUUAUCUUUCUGCUGUUGGAUAGCCUAAAAUCGCAUCCUGCUGUUGCCUUGGACACGCUGAAAAAUGUAUGUGACCUCUUCAUUCCCCUAGACAGGUUGGGUAUAUACCAGUCUAAUGCAGGAGUGGUGGGGUUUUGUGGUUUGAUGUCCUCAUUGAUUGGGAUUGUAACCAUGGUGCAGCCAAAGUUAACACUCAAACCAUAAAAACAAGGGUGGAAAUAACCCUUACUGACCAACUGCAGAUGAAACUGUUUAUCGUGACAGGUUUUUAAAAGGAUUAAGUGUCAUCUCCCUGGAGAAGUAGUGGUGGACCAAAAUCAACCUGGUGCACAAUGAGAUAAGGCAACAUCAGAGGCAAACUUUGUGACAUUGAUGUUAGUUUAGCAUUUAUGUUUUACACUGAAGGGAUGACUGGAUUUGAUUGUUUUGUAACAGAUUUUUGAUCGAUUGAACUGAUUUAAAUCUUACUUCUGAGACACAAUGACUUAACAUUGAACAAGGGCCUGACAAAGUCUAAAACACUGAUUUUAAAAGGGAACAAAUCAAGUUUACAUAAAAGCCUUGUUCUUUUAUCGUAAUUUAAAAGAGCCAAGGAUAAACCUUUGGGAAUUCCUGUCUUCUCCAAUAAUACAAUAACACCAGCAGUUUUGUAACUACAUUACUUAUAAGAUAAGGGCUCCUUACUGAUGCAGUCUUUUUUUGCAUUUGCUUUUGUUCAUCUCUCAGAAAAAGUAAAGUUUAAUGCAAGCAGCGAUGCCACUUAAAGUUGCAUGCUCUAGAUGCUGCUCAAAGUUUUACCUCAAUGAUUCAAGUGAUGAAUAAGCUGCUUCUCAGCCAAAAGUGCUUCCAGAGGGAAAAGACAUCUGAGAGAUGUCUGGUUAUAGCAGCAGACAUUUUGACUUGUCAUAGUAGGAAAAAUGCAUGCGAGUAAAAACACAAUCAAUGGGUCUAUUCUAUAAAAGUGUCCCAGUAAGAGUGACUGUGCCAGCAUGCACAAUACCAUGACCCUGAAAUCAAAACUGCUAAAUGUCAUUCAUUUCUUUAUUUACACAUGUGCUUAUCCUACUGUGACAAAUUAAACUUUAGUGUGUGAAAAAGGCCUUUCAUCUCACCUGUUAGGUAUUUUUCAUUCUGCCAUUCAAGCAUGGCCUUGACUUUGCAUAUGGUGUUACUAUUUUAAUGAGCUAAAACACCCUUGAUAAUGUGAUUACAAAUAAAUAAUGAAUAUAUUGUCCAGUAAUUGUAUGCUUGGGUUUGUAUGUUGUUUUUUUUUGUUUUUUUUAAUCAUUGUGACACAAAACAAGUGUGCCAGGAUAGAUUAGAAACCUUCAACCUCCUCUAGAAAAUAAUAUGAAACUUAAGUCCUCAAAGCUGCGUGUGCCCAUGACAUUUAUUAUCACAUGUAGUGUCAUUCAGUUCAGAUGACCCAAUGUGUUUACUGUCACCAUUGAUUGAAAGGUUAA